CCUUACCGUUCCUUGUCUGCCACCCAUUCAAUUCGUCCUAAACUGACAAGGCCCUCAGGUAUUGCCACUCCCAUCGGGAUUUUCCUUGCGUUCAAACUGGGAUAUGGACUGUACGGCCUUUGGGCCGGUUUGGCGCUGGCUUUGACUCUGGCAGGCCUUGCUGAGUUGGUAAUGGUCUUCUCCAUGAAUUGGUCCCAGUUUGGACAAGACUGCGAUCUAGAGAGCCUGUCACCGGAACAGAUUAACUUCUGAAAGUGAAGAAGCACGGACGAACAUCCAGCGUGGCUCCCACCUUGCCUUGCACACGGAAUCAUUUUGAAGGCGUUAUUAUGCAUAAAUUGGAUUCUCUCCACCUGCUAUGGUCUAGCCUUGAUGAUUUAUCACAAGUACUGGUUUCUAUGAGGAGUAUGGCGUAUGCACUGCUGCAUUAAAAGCUGUUCCUUAGUUGAUGGGACGUUGCUGGUGGAACUCUAUCCCACCCGCCUAACUAUUUAGUGAAGUUCACAAUUAUUUAUGUCUUAGUAAGAGCUCCUCACUGACAUCAUCGCCUCGAGGUUCAUGUAUCGAUCGAUGAGAUUGCUUUCUCCGUUGCUUUCUGCAUUGACAUGGUUAUCGGAUUUCUUGUACAACCAUCGAAUCCAUUUGGUUCCCCUGGGAAGCUAUGGUCUCCCUUCAGCGUACUGCCGCCAUCGUCAGCUCGGCGACCGUCAGGAUCACAACGUUCAUUUUCCUGCGAUGGAUCCCUGGCCAUCACUUGGCUCCGGUCAUUUUCACUGCCUUCGCGGUGUACAUAACCUCCGUGCGGUCUCUCCUUCAACGGUCUAUUGACGACGAGGCCGGAGAAGCCUCGAAGCCAGAAACAAAGCGGACAGGAUCGAGGGGUGCGGCUCUAGUGACACUCCUGACCGGACUGCCCUCCGUUUCAUGGCCAAAAGUUACUGUUUGUACUGCCUGUAUAAACGUUCUUCUCGCGUUGUUGGCUCUCGACUUUCUUGGACGGGGAGUCCUGUUCUACCCCAGUGGCAAGCUCGCCUUUUCGCGCGUUGGAUAUGUCUCACCUACAACGGCGAGCCUGCUUGUUCGCGAGCCGGAUCCAGCUCAACUUCCCCUGGUUGUCUACUACCAAGAGGUGGCAGGAGAGGAUUCGGGGAAGUGGAUUGAGGACGGGAUCAUCUACCAGACAGACGACUCGACGGACUUCACCGUGCCUGUGAUUCUGAGAGACUUGAAGCCCUUCACAAAGUAUCGAUAUUCUCUUUCGAACAACUUGACGGGGAGCUUUAUUACCGCGCCUUUUCCGGGUACCGAUGGUGCAAGCAGGCUUUCCUUUUUGACGUCAAGUUGUAUGAAACCCAACUUCCCAUACAACCCGUUCUCGCACCCGUUGCGGAUCCCUGGUAUCGAGACGAUGUCGGCCGCCAUAGCCAAACUUCCAGCCUAUCUACGGCCCUCCUUCAUGUUGUUUCUAGGUGAUUUUAUCUACAUCGAUGUUCCAGAGCGCUUCGGGUCCUCCAAGUCGCAUUACCGGAGCGAAUACCGGCGAAUUUAUUCGUCGCCUUCCUGGAACGUCCCCCAGGACAACCCUGCCAUCAGCCUUCCCUGGCUCCAUACACUCGAUGACCACGAGAUUGAAAACGACUGGGCCAAGGGCAACUUGACAUCCCCAUACCCUGCAGCAGCUGACCCUUUCGUCCAUUACCACGUCAGCGUAAACCCUCCAAUUCCGCCUCUCCCCUUCGCCAAGCGGGAGAACACGACAUACUUCUCCUUUAUCCAUGGCCCUGCAUCAUUCUUCAUGCUCGACACUCGCACCUACCGCUCAGAGCCAGCACGGCCCAACUCCACUAUCCUCGGCUCCGCACAGUUACAAUCACUCCUCACGUACCUCGCGCGUCCUGAACCCGCCGAAGUCCGGUGGAAGAUCAUUUCGUCAAGCGUCCCCUUCACCAAGAACUGGCAUGUCGGCACAACAGACACCUGGGGCGGCUUCCUACGAGAACGCCGCACCGUCUUCGAAGCAAUGUGGCGUGCCGAGCGCGACGUCGGCGUCCGCGUCGUCCUCCUCAGCGGAGACAGACACGAAUUCGCCGCCACCCGCUUCCCGGAUCCCUUGCUCCACCCUUCCCCGGAUGACACAUCCCCCUUGACUGCAGGCGAGGGCGUGCACGAGUUUAGUGUCGGUCCACUGAGCAUGUUCUACCUCCCCAUCCGCACGUACCGCCAGACGGACGACGAGGACGUCUCCAUCAAAUACGCACCGGACGGGAAUACCAAAUUUGGUCUGAUCGAUAUCUCCACAUAUGAGGAGGAGAUAGAGGAUGCCUCGGGCAAUACUCUUUCACCGGUGUCCACUGUUACUGUCCCCUGUUCCGUAUUGACGUACUCGCUGUACGUGGAUGGAGAGGCGGUGUGGAAGUACCGACUGAGCGCGCCCAUGACGGGUUAUGCUGCUCCUGCUGCUGGGGAAAGGUCUAGUCGAUUCCCACCGGGCAGGGUGCUGCUGGAUGAUAUCGAAAAGGAUAGUUGGGGCUCUUAUCUGAAGACGCGUAUAGGUAGAGUAGAAGAGGUGGGGGCCCGGCUUUGGAAGAGGACAACAGAUACGUAUCUUGAGCUGUUGGAGGGGGUGAGGAAGUCGGGGCGACUGGAUUAAGCUAUACCAGUCAUUUAUGUGUUCUUUACGUUUCUUUCCCACCCCUAUUGACAUUUCCGUUUUGUUCGUCUUGCCUGGUAUAUAGUUAGGGUUGGGCAGGAAAAAGCAGUGUAAAGUAUAGGAUCUACGAGACUAAAAGCACAGAAGGAUAAACAUGAGGUAUUU